GACCGCAUAGCGUGCGUGCGCCGUGCCGGGCGCGUGUCGCGCGCUUAACCGCUCAGUCCGAUUCGCCGCAGUCCGUUACAAUAUCACGUCUGGACAAUAGCUCCUCGCCGGUCGCGAACACGAUCCACGCCACUUAAGAUAAAAAGCACAUCGUCGUCGUUUCGCCCAGGCGCGCGCGCGCACACACACACGCUCACACACACACGUACACACACACACACACCCGUCACGACCGCCCACACUGUACACAAGACUCGACUUGUUGCCCGCGGUAACUAAAAGUAACAAUAUCAAAGAUCAAACGCGUCUUUUGCAAAAUGUUGAUGUUUCUGACAACCGUCGUAUCUUGCCUGUGCAUGAUGGAUUUGGGAGCGGCGAUAUCAGUGCCAACAGGCAAGACGACGCCCAUUGAACCUGCUGCGCCAGAGCCAAAAAUAAUUCCCGUGCCUGGUUCCUAUCUGGCACCACCGGCUCCCGUACAAGAGUAUUCGGAAGAAAGGCCCGAACCACCACCAUUGGAUCCGUCUUAUGUGCCAAUCCCAUACAACUUCAUCGAGUACUUGGCGCCUCAAAGUCUUAUACUGGUACCAAUGAAAAUUAAGUUCCAAAAACCUUAUUCGAAAUAUGAAAAAUACCCUCUCACAGCGACCAAGUAUCAGAAGCUUAUCAAAAACGAAAAUAUGAGACGGAAAUACUAUUCAAAUAUCCCACAGCAAAAUUAUAUUCCAUUGAACUGAUAAGUGUUAUAAGCCAUCUUGUCGUCAAAAAUAUUUGCCAUGUCAUAUACAUAUAUUGAUAUAUUAUAUGUAAUUAAAAUAAAAUGUUAUACAUUUUUUACCUCUUAAAAAUAAUUGUUUCUAUCUCUAUACUAUAACCAAUAUUGUUUUGUAAUAUAAUUUAUAUGUAAUAUUUUAAUAUAAUAUAGUAUAAUAUUAUAACAACGUGUAAUAAAUGUCAUAUUUGUAUAUUAUGAA